GUAAGCCAUGAAUACGAACGGUCGUUCAAACGAGACGAAAGGUAAGUAUAUAUCGCACUCUCGACCUGCCAUUCCUUCUCUCUUUGCCGUGUCCUUCUCAUCGAUCUCUGCAAAAGCCAAACCCAUGGCCACAGACCACGAGUCUCCUCCCAUCACGCCUAUCGCAGAGCCACUGCCAUGGCCACCUCGACCCUGCUCUCCCUCCCCGCCUCCGACCUCCCGACGACCGCGGCCACCGCCUCGGUCGUGGUCUCCAUCACCGUCUUCGUCGCCCUCCUCUGCGCCUGUCUCGUCAUCGGUCACCUCCUCGAGGGCAGUCGCUGGGCCAACGAGUCCAUCGCCUCCCUCCUCCUGGGUUUGUGUGCUGGUCUUGUGAUGCUGUUGGUUACCAAAUGGAAGAGGUCCCGCAUCCUCACGUUUGAUGAGGAGCUGUUCUUCAUAUAUCUGUUGCCUCCCAUCAUCUUCAACGCCGGUUUUCAGGUCAAGAAAAAACAAUUUUUUCGAAAUUUCUCAACAAUUCUACUGUUUGGUGUACUAGGAACACUAAUAUCCUUUUGCAUCAUCUCCACAGGUUCAUACUUUCUAUUUAAGCAAAUAGGCAUUACAUCCUUGAAGAUACAACAGUACCUAGCUACUGGAGCUAUAUUCUCAGCCACUGACUCAGUGUGCACAUUACAGGUUCUCAACCAAGAUGAAACACCCCUACUUUACAGUCUUGUGUUUGGGGAGGGAGUUGCUAAUGAUGCUACUUCAAUUGUACUUUUCAAUGCAGUCCAAUCACUGAAUCUCAGCCAUGUUAAAGCCAUGACUGCAAUAAAGCUAUUUGGAACCUUUCUUUAUCUCUUCUUUACAAGCACUGCGCUUGGAGUAAUGAUUGGACUCCUGAGUGCAUAUAUCAUAAAGAAAUUGUACUUUGGAAGGCAUUCUACAAACAGGGAAGUUGCAAUUAUGCUGCUAUUGGCUUAUCUUUCUUAUAUGAUUGCUGAGCUCCUUUCUCUCAGUGGAAUAUUGACCAUCUUCUUCUGUGGAAUCAUCAUGUCACACUACACAUGGCAUAAUGUUACUGAACGGUCAAGAAUAACAACUAGGCAUGCAUUUGCAGCAAUGUCAUUCAUUUCAGAAACUUUCAUAUUUCUCUAUGUUGGUAUGGAUGCUUUGGACAUUGACAAGUGGAAAAGAAGUGAUGCUAGUGUAGGAACAACAGUUGCUGCUAGUGGAACGUUGUUUGCUUUGGUUAUGGUUGGAAGAGCUAUAUUUGUCUUCUCAUUAGCAAAUUUUGCAAAUUUUUUUAGACAUGCAUCUGAUGCUAAGAUUGACCUUCGGCAGCAGUUUGUAAUAUGGUGGGCUGGCUUAAUGAGAGGUUCUGUCACCAUUGCUUUAUCAUACAACCAGUUUUCAACAAGUUCAUCCAAAGAGGGAGCAUUCAUGAUAACUAAUUCAAUCGUUGUAGUGCUCUUCAGUACUGUGGUUUUUGGAUCAGUGACAAAGCCUUUAAUCAAAGCUGCGCUGUGCCAUAACUGGACUUCAACAAACGGCGAAGACGCUCACUUGUCGAGCCUGGAAGAUAUUAACAUCCUAUUUCCUGAUAAUUGCAGAACCAGCAGCAAUGACACCAGCCAUGCAAAUCCCAGGAGCAGCCUUGGCAUGCUGAUAAUGCAUCCCACCUCGACCAUUCACUACUUAUGGAGAAGGUUUGAUGACAGGCAUAUGAGACCUGUUUUUGGUGGGCGCGGUUUCGUCCCACUUCUUUCAUCUUCCACACUCACUUCCCCAGAGGGGGCUGAUGGUGUUUAAGUCAUCGUUCUUCUUCUUAACAAUUAUUUGAUAAUAUUCUCAGAAUAUAUAAAAAAAACAAGUAGCUAUUUACUUAUAUAAAUUGAUUUGAUAAAGCUCUCCUGGUAAUAAUAAUACUUGCUAGUAUAAGCAUGUCGACAUUUAGAUUUAGUACUUCUGCAGCUGCUUUUGCUUAUGUCAGAACACUUGGAAGGAAGAAUGUUUCUUGUACAGUGAUAUGUAUAAUAUCGAUUUAAUAUUUUGAGUAAUGCGUGAUGUACUAUGUCAAGUGAGCAGUAUGCAUGUGUGUGAAAGGAAUCUCCCGAGAAUCGAUUCCUGUGCUGACCAAACCUCUUAUUCCUGAGACAAAACAUAAAAUAAGGUACAAGCAAGCGUACUAUGAGGAUGCGUUUGAUCAAUCAUGUAUGUCAUCUCUUACCCUCUAUUCUCGUUAGAGUCAAUGAGGUCUCAAAUUGAGGCUCAAAUUAGUCCUCGCUUGAAAUCUAUGGUGUACCCCAUCGCGCUCCCAUGAUCAAGCAUGUGAGAGGAUGCAGGAUCCAUCGAUGGUGACCAAUGACCCGUGACAGGUGACACUGCGGAAAGAGGCCAAUUCCGAAGUGCACGAAACAAAAGCCACGAGACAAACGCCCGACAUGUCGGCGUCAUUGAAUGUAGAUACGUGCAGAAUCCACAUGUCGUCCAAUGGCGACAGGUUACGUGGCCACACGAGGGAUUAAAUGUGGCCUUAGCCAGGCGGAUUACCAGCUUCGCCCGCAGUUUUUCCCGUGGGUCCCGCUGCGGGACCCGACGGCGAUAGGUCCGGAUGCACGUGGAUAAGCAACCUCGACCGGCGUGCACUUGUCUACGUGCA